AUGUCACUCAUCCCAGCCAAGGACUACUAUGGAAAGGAUGAAAGCAUCACUAGUACCCAAUGGCAAAAGAAGAAGAAGCAAACCACCGAGGAACGCGCAGCCGCAAAGCGAGCGAAGCUAGACCCGGCCUCACACAAAUCAGCCAAAGACGUCAUGGACGAAAAUGCGCUGAAGCGAAAGCGCGAGCUCGAAGGCGACGUGUCGGCGGCUGAGUCGUCAGAUCUUGAUAUGGAUAUCGAGAAGGAGAAACCCUUGGAGGGCAUCAAGAAGGCGAAGAAGCAGAAGACCAAGGCGCCCGAGCCAGAAGAAGAGGCUGAUGCCGAUGUUGACGCCACCGAAGCACCAAAGUUGACAAAAGCGGAGCAGAAGAAUGCGGCAAAGGCUGAAAAGAGAAGAGAGAAGAGGAAGGAGAAGCAGACAAAGAACAAGCAAAAAGAAGAAAACAAGAAGUCUCAGGGAGUCGAGUUCAGCAAGGGCUUGACAAAGCCAGAGGAGCCAGAGGACGAGGCCGAAGAAGAUGGAGACAGUGAUAAUGACGACAACCCAGAAGACGCUGAGGACCGCAUGCAGAAUCUCGAUGUCAGUGGUCUCGUUGAAGAGGGUCAGUCAACCGCUCCCUCCACCACUGCAAAUUCCAAUUCCUCUACAGCGUCUGUUGCAUCUGCCGCCUCUUCAUCGUCCUCAAUCCCUCCUUCCACGGAUGCGCCACAAGAAAAGAAACAGAAGAAGCCACUACAAAUCGACGACGAAAGCCGGGCACUUUUCCAAGCGCGUUUGACUGCAAAGCUUGAGGCCAUGCGUGCAUCGCGCAAAGCUGAUGGGCCAGACGGGCGUCCAGCGAGGAACCGCCACGAGCUAAUUGAAGCGCGGCGGAAGAAAGAAGCAGAGCGGAGAGCGGCGAAGAAGGCCAGUCGUGUGACAGAGAAGGAGGACGAGGCACGCCAGAAAGCAGAGGAACAGCUAGCACGCAUAAGAGGCGGGUCCGGCUCACCCUCAAUCUUUCCCGCGCGGUCGCCAGAAGCCGAGCGCAACUUCAACUUCGGUAAAGUCGCAUGGCAGGACGGCCAACAACUGGAGAGCAGUCUUUCUAGAUUCCAAGAAUCGAAGAAGAGGAAGGGCAAGUCGGACGCAAAGACUGCCCUGGAGGCUGCACAGAAGAAGCAGGCACGCAUCAACGGUCUUGACGAGACGAAGCGAAAGGACAUUCAAGAGAAGGACCUUUGGCUAGCAGCCAAGAAGCGAGCGCAGGGCGAGAAGGUCUUCGACGACGUCAAUCUCCUGAAGAAGACACUUAAGCGCCAGGAGAAGCAAAAGUCGAAGAGCAAGCAAGAGUGGAAGGAGAGGUUAACGAACGUUCAAGAGGGCAAAGAGAAGAGACAAAAGAAGCGCGAGGAGAACCUCAAAAAGCGGAGAGAUGAGAAGGGUCAGAAGGGCAAGAAGAAGGUUAAGAAGCCUGGUAAGAAGGUCAAGCGUCCGGGAUUUGAGGGUACCUUCAAGGCGAGGUAG